AUGUGGGUUUUUGGCUAUGGAUCUCUUGUGUGGAAAGUUGAUUUUAAAUAUGAGUCAAAAACUGUUGGGUAUAUCAAAGGUUACCUUCGGAGAUUUUACCAGCAUAGUAUCGAUCACAGAGGUGUACCAGAAAAGCCAGGAAGAGUGGUUACUUUGAUUCCCAGUAAAGAACCCAAUGCUGAAGUUUGGGGAGUAGCAUACAAAAUAGCUAGUCAAGACAUAGAAAGUGUAACAAAACACUUAGACUAUAGGGAGAAAAAUGGAUAUUCUAAGAAAACUGUUACAUUUUAUCCUAAAGACAUUAAAAUUGAACCAUUUGAAAUAACACUUUAUGUUGCAACUAAAGAAAAUGAAUCAUUUGCAGGUCCAGCUUCCAUUGAAGAUAUUGCUAAGCAAGUAGUGAGUUGUGCAGGUCCCAGUGGUACCAAUAAGGAAUAUGUCUAUCAAUUAGCUGAUGCAAUGAGGCAGAUAGUAACGGGCGCUGAUGAUGAACAUCUAUUUGCUCUAGAAAGGGCUGUGAAGCAACUUGCUAGUGAUUAA